AUGGUGUACUCGCAUCUCGAGGAACGAGUCUUCGACCAUGUGGUCCUUGGCCCGCAGCUGCCAGGGAGGCAUGAUGCAGAAAUCGUCCACGUGGAAGGGAAUCUCCUGGCACGGAUGCUCAACGCGAGCGACAUAAUGAGUCAACUUGAGCCGGAGAGUGAGACCUGGAAAAGCGUCAGGGAGUCCUUGAUUGCCUGCCAGGAAGUACACGUCGAUGGCCGCGUGGUCGGGGAGAAUCUCGUUCUCGCCCUCCAAGAGCUCGUUUGCAAAAGGCUGAUAAUACUACAUAUCGCGGAGCAGAAUGCUGGACUCCUGAUUCGCAUUGAUGAGAGUGGUGAUAAUGAGCGUGUCGUCUUUGAAGCGUUCGAAGCAUCUCCUGGAGCCGCGAAAGUGCUGGCCUCGAAAAACGCCCUUAUAUGUGACUUCCCAAGCGCCGCCGCGGCCAUGCCUCUGUCGACCUUUCAAGACCGUUCCUUCCUGGAUAGCAUGAGCGCCUUUGUGGAGCAAGCCAGCGUUGAGCCGAUUGAGCAGUUCGCUGCCAAAUCCAGGAAGGCAGGGGUAGAACUGGUGGAGAUUCGUGACACCGCCGACCCAGCACUGAUAUGCGACAUGUUAAUUGCCCUAGUGGGCGCGCUCGGUGAACCGGUCGAUCCCUGCCCCUUGAGAAAGCGCGUGAGAGACGAAGUUUAUUGGAAGAAGUCUGAGAGGUGUUGGAGAAGGUCUGCCUUUUGGCUGGUCCUUCGUGUCGGCAUUCAACGCCUUCUGGCAUUUUCCAGCUCCCCUGCCGAAGGAUGUCUUAGAUACAAAUCGCUACAGUGCGUGCUCUUAGCUCAUUUGCUCAAUGAUAGUCUGGGGAUUGUUAGCGUGGAAAAGUCCCAUCUCCUGAAAGCAAAGCUCUGCCGACGACUGACCAAGCUGGACGCGCAGUGGGGGGAGACGAAGGAUAAGGAUCGGAAACUGUUUGAUGCAGUGGGGAAUUUCUGUGAGGGCAUGAUCCAGACAGCAUUGCAGCAUAUCGAUGGCGAAUGGAACCGGUUCAAACGAAAGGUGGAGCGAUUGAUACCUGCCCUUCCACUACGCGCGAAUCAAGAUAAUCUGAACCUGGCUCUGCCUAAUAGCCUUGCAUACCUCGAGCAGGUGCUGAAACGUCACAGGGGCCAAAAUAUGAAACAACGCAAACCCGCGUCCCUGGAACAUCCACUGGCGGACAGAAUGGCCAAGGCUACAGUGACAGGAUUUCAGGCGUUUGCUGGGAAAUACCACAGCCUGUUCGAGGAGGAAGAACGGCUUCAACAGUUGCGGCCCCUGAAUGGCGGCAACGGGCUUAGCCAGGCAGUCAUCCAUUAUCUGGACCUGGGACCACUCGAUGCAUACGACUGCGAUCUCGAGCAGAAGAGCCUAAUGGUUCUCGCCAUCUUUGAGGCAUGGGCCGAGGCAGAUCGCUCAGCUAUACAUGAAUAUCCGCUCCUGGAAGACUACCACCCCUUGUUCCGCCCGGAGAUUCUGGAUGUACUUCACUUGUCCAGGCUGGGCGAUAUGGAAAGAUUGCAGAAGGUUCAGGAAUACCUAGAUGGUAGACAGAGACAAUGCCGAUUUCCACAUCUCACAAUCUUUAGCGACCCCGGGAAAGAUUGCUUGGCUGUCCGUUUCUUUGAUUCUAUCCACGGCGGUCCCUUGCAAAAGCUGAGAUCCAAAAUCAUAGAGGCGUCGUCCGCGCAACGAGCAUGGAAGCGGUCAGAGUUUAAAAAGAGAUAUAGGAAGUACGAGGAGCUCACAUCCCAAAUAUUACCAUUGUCGUGUUGUUGUAUUCGAAAGCGCGGUAUUGCCCGCGACUCCAGUAGUUGCGAGGUUUGCCCCCUGAAACGACAGCGAAAGAAACUGCGAAUGACUGUCCACGAAGACUUCCUGCCGGCUUGCGAUACACCAGAGCAUACUGCGGAGGAGAAAGCAAUUCUCUUCGAGUUGAGCAUGCCUCAGUCAUUUGCCAUCUACCGCGAUGCCACAUGGAAAAUCGCAAGCACUCUAGGUGUGCCCAGCCCGUCACGAUGGAUGUCCCAAGACAGAGCUAAGAUGCUCUUGACGUCCUAUGACCAGCUGCGCGAGUUUGACCAGACGUCGCCAAAACGUACUGUUCAGCUGGCAUCGACAUCGAAGUCUUUUCUCGUCGCCCAUUACAAAGGCGUUCCCUUCCCGACCUCAGAGUCUCAGGUAUUGCUGCCAUUUGGGCUCUCCUUGUUCUAUUACGAUAGCACAAAUCAGGUAUGGUGUAAGUCCUUGAACUCGGAACUCACGUUCUCCCAUCACUUUGGCUUGCCUCCCUCCAUCCAAGCGCUUCUCGGAAUCCAAGAAGCUGAAAGACCGAAGUUUGCACCUGAUGCGGACGGCCCGUCGUCGUAUGAGAUAACAGCCAGUCAAACCCGUUGUCCCCCCCGAGUAACGGUUCAUGAGUUUAUGGCUUGUCAGAGCAUUCUUUCCGGAAAACACACUCGUUGGUUCUCAAUCUUGCGUGAACUUGGCUCUUCAAAUAUCAACUUUAGCACUGAAGAAACGACUCAUAUCUUCAAAUAUCUCUGUCUUCAAGCUGGACCUAGGGGUUCAGACGUACAGACUCGCAUGACUCAUAUACCGCUGAGAGAUGGCUGGUUCUGUGAUAAGCUUCUCACUCAAGUGGAGAGGCAUCUGCAUGGUGUCUCCUCCAACUGGCGCGAGCCAUAUUACAUGGAUACGCUGUUGACCAUCAUCCUCCGGGUUUGCUCCAUCGGGGAAGAAAAAUCGGCAUCCAAGGCUCGAGAGCUCCUAGGACGGGUGCAGAGCAUCAUGAUUAAGUGGAUUGAAAUGGUUCGUACGGAGAUCCAGGGAUCGACUACCAAUAAAUCCACUGCUAAGCUUAGCUCCUAUGCUGCCAUGGCAGCCUUGAUAUGCAAAAGAACAUUUUACUCUCCCGGCGACGGUCACGACCAUCGGGGUGUCCGAUCAUUGCAAGCCUUCAUCGAGGCCUCUAUUACUCUGCAGGAUAGCCUGCCCCGGGAUCCAUCCGAACUGUCCAGACACUUACGUGGAAUGCUGAUUCGAGAUACACGCGAGAGCCACAAUAUUCGUAAUUGGCUGCGUGACGAAAUCAUUUCCGCCCCAAGUAGCCUGGAAGCUGCAAUCGGUCAUGUUUGGCCCGAGGCGGCCGAGUGUUCUAGGGAGUAUUCAACUUGGCUGGCUUUGCCUGGAAGGCAUGCGUGGUGGCUAGCAUGUCAGGUCGAAGCUACGAAUUUUACAGCUUCCCAAACCGUCCAUUAUCAUGUGUUGGAGGGCCACUUGCUCAUUGACAAUAAACCUCUGGGUAGACUGCCCGAUGACAUACAUGCUUUGCCCACAGUUCAAUCGUUGUUCGGACAGCAACCCCUUCUCGCCUACCCGUCUGCAUUACCUAACAUGGCAUACCGGCUUUCCACGCUCUACAAUGGACAUGAGAUUCACAUAGGAAUGCGCAACGGAGGCCCAGUGAUACUUGCACGGAUUCGCGGCUCAUUGCUAGAAUUCGUGGACAGCGGCAUUUUCAGGCAAGGAUCGAUAUUCGACUUGCCUAAUCCCUUGAUAGAGGACUGUGUGCACUGGUUGAAUCUGCGAACCAAGGAGCUUGACAUCAGAACAAGACCUCACAUGUGGAAGUUCAACAGGGAGGGCAACUGGGUGCUCAAUAUCAAGGAAAGAAAGGCAGUCCGGCGCACUGUAUCCUUGGUGGACCCUCAAAGCAUCCUUUUCCAGGCUGUGGCGGGAAUAUUCAAAGACUUCGAGGACGCAGAGCAUAUCACUGUCUUCCAGCCGUCCCUGCGAAAUCUCUGCGUGGAAUUAAAGAGAAUGAACUUGGAUUUCGAAGUCAAUAAGGAUGGGCUACUAUCCUCCAAGCAGCUGCAUUGCGAAAUAUCGCCAAGCCAGGACGCCGGAACCUGGUAUGGCCUGGAAAGCAUGUUGGUUCUCAGACAUACGCACAAUUCACUUCGGCGCAGCGUUAUUGUUCCCCUCGGACUGCCUGAAUAUCAUCGCAAUGGACCCCAUGUUUCUGUCCGGAUCGUGGGCACCGAUGGCGCCUACGCGCGAUUCGGUGUUGAUGAUAUCCUUGGUCGCAUUCAGUGCGCGGCAGAGCCUAUUCUCCUGUUUAUGAAGACCUUACUACAUGCGUACACCUCAUUCGUGCUACCCGACCCUCUCACAAAACGAACAGGAAGGGAAGAAGCACUGGCCUACCUUUCAUCUGCGGCCUUGCAGCCCUGGACUGCGCUGAGGACAGAGAAACUGCACCCUUUGUUAGCGCUAGCUCGACUGUCACCCAAACGUGAAUAUUACCCUAAGCAUUUGAAGGUACAGCAGAUGGUCACUUGGGACCUUAAUGCCACCAUAUCGAUGCAGGACGACGAGUUCCGGAUCAAGGUCGAGGAUAUCCUGAAGAAGCUACAGCGCCUCGGGAUAUUUCAUGAUCAAACAUUUGUGCCUCCAGAUCUCGAACCUGAUAUUUUACAUCUCCGGAGCAGAGCCCUAGCUCGUCGUCGGUGCUAUGAACGGGAAAGCAUUUGCUUUGAGCAACUGGGCAGACCAGCCGACAUGGAAAACACACAACACGAGGCUUUCGGUGCGGAAGGCGUUCGUCGUGUCUAUGAGAUUGUGCGGCUUCUACGUACUCGACCGUCGUCCGUACACACUACUCGGUCGCUUGCUGCGCACCUCAUGGUACCAUUGAUCAAUGGCUAUGAGCAAGAUCUCUCUAGACCGCUGUUGACAGAGACGCUUAAGAUGGACAUUGCCAUGCAAUGGGGACCCCUCCUACGUUCUUGCUGCCGCCAAUUCCAUCAACCACGACUCCAUUACGAACCAAUGUUUCUCUUGGCAGUGAUGGCCUUUGGGUCUUGCAAUGUACAACUGCUGAGAGCUCUUGCUGCGCUUCUUUACUUUCUAGACGUCCGAGCGGUCAAACUGCCGAAAUGUUCAAAUUACGUGAACUUCAACGGGCAUGAGCUUCCAACAAUGCAAUGGGCGGUCAACCUCAUACAGAGCUCGCAACCGGAAGACGAUUCAAACAAUACCGAGAGCGAUGGCGAAAAAGGCGGCCUAGAGGCAACGAUCCAUGCGCUGGCAAAAGGUAUUACGUUGCAGUGGCCAUGUGACCAUGAUGACUUGGACAUGACUGGCUUCAGUGACCUACCGGAUCCGAAGAAGGCAACUGCGGUGGUCAAGACAGAAUGGGACCGAAUUUCGCGAAAUUGUAUACUCGCCCGCCAUCUGGUUGCUCUGCAAGAUAUCCUGGACGAGCGUUGGGCAGAUAAGAAUCAAGAUAUCGUGCCCCCAGUCGCAGCUGGUGGUGCGCGGAUGUCUGGCUCACAGGGGAAGCCAUUCAUCUUGCCAUGUCUGGCAAAGAACCUUCUUUCGAAGAUUGGACCAACUCCAUCAAGCCAGAAAGAGAUGUGGUCGGGGUUGCAAACCGUUAGCCCGUACCAGGAGCAACAGGCCAUCGAUCAAGAGCAUGUUUCUAACAAAGGAAGAAGUUCGAGGCCGGAGCUGGGGGAGCUUGAAUCCAUUCUGCACAAUAUGCUCGGCUCUCCAAGCGCAAUUCGAAAGCAGUAUGCGGCAGAUUUGCUGACAAGCUUGGAGGCUCUAUAUGAGCAGGAUAAAGAGGCUCCGCAGGCAAGGCCGACAUCCCAGCGCGGAUAUGAUCUCGUCCUGGCAGCAAAAUGUGCAGAGGACCAGUACAAUGCAAUCCUAAACACUCUCGCAGAGGGUGAUGCCCACUACAGAUGGUUACAUCCUGGUCAGUUGUGGCCAUGCUUGAGCCCAGUCAGCCUCCUGCAAAGUUUAAGAUCAACAGCAAACAUAUCCUUCGGAAUUCGUAUGAAAGACGCCAUCUUAAACUAUGCGCUCAAGGUUACACAGCUCCAGCAUUACCUGCGAAUGGAGGAUGCUUUGAAGAAAGGAGACAUGCAUCGAUUCGAGGAGGAGCAGCAGAACUCGGGCCAUACCAACUGGAAGCCGCACGAACAUCCAGAUUGGUUGCUUUUGGAGAUUGAUGCAGAUAUCCUCAUACGUCCCGGACAGAUAGACGUCGCACAAGCCACAAUUAUGCCCACUUCCGGGUUAAACUCCGUUCUGCAGAUGAACAUGGGACAAGGUAAAACUUCCGUCAUCAUGGUGCUUGUCGCAAUUGCCCUUGCGAAUGGUAAAAGCAUUGCACGUCUUGUCGUACCCCGCGCAUUGCUUUCUCAAACUGCGCAGAUCUUUCAGGCGCGUCUGGGAGGACUGGUAGGGCGGGAAAUACUCCAUGUGCCGUUUUCGCGCAAAACCCCGAUCGAAGGCACCUUGAUACAGACGUAUCGGGAUUUGCAUGAAGCCAUUAGGUCUAUAUCUGGAGUUGUUCUGACGCAGCCAGAUCAUGUUCUGUCCUUUCGCCUGGGUGGCCUCCAAGCGACGUGUGAUGGUCACCUGGAGUCUGCCAAGAUCAUGACAUCAAUGCAGUCUUGGCUAGAUUGCUUGAGCCGCGAUGUAAUCGACGAAUGUGAUUUUGCGCUGGCUGUGAAGACUCAGCUAAUAUACCCGAGCGGUACCCAGCUGGCGGUGGACGGUCACCCUCAUCGGUGGACAGUCCCGCAGGUAUUGCUCGGCGUAUUAGAAGGAUACUUGCAGGAGUUACAAGAAAGCCACCCCCUAAGUUUGGAUCUCGUGUUUCGAAACUCCGGUGGGUUUCCGUUCAUCCACAUUCUCCGGCCAGACAUCGAACAUGCUCUGUCCCAGCGGAUCGUCGACGAAAUCUGUAGUGGAAGCUUGGCAAUCUUGCCGCCAGUGAGCGAAGAUGCUCGAGACUGGAUCCGAAGGUAUCUUUCAGAAGCCAAGCUCCCGGAAGAGGUGGCAUCUUCUGCAUGUCAAGCAUUUCCAAGUCAAUCUCCCGCAUUGCACAUCCUCCGGAUACUGCGUGGGCUGUUGGUACACGGUAUCCUGGUCCUGUGUUUGAAGAAGCGUUGGAAUGUACAGUAUGGGCUGCACCCCGGCAGAGACCCGGUUGCAGUCCCCUUUCAUGCGAAGGGCAUCCCCUCAGAGCAAGCAGAAUGGGGACAUCCAGAUGUUGCCAUUGUUCUUACAUGCUUAGCAUUCUACUACAAUGGCCUGACUGUUGAUCAGCUGCGCAAUGCCCUGCGUAGGCUGCUACGAUCCGACGAUCCAUCAAGCGAGUAUGGACGGUGGACACAUCGCUCUGCCUCUCUGCCGAUGGGCCUCCGGCGGUGGAACCUGAUAAAUGUCGACGAUGACGCACAUGUACAGGAGAUAUGGAAACAUCUUCGCUUUGAGCAGGUUGUGAUAAACGACUAUCUUAACAGGUCCGUUUUUCCGGUUCACGCCAGACAAUUUGAAAGUAAACUCCAGGCUUCUGGCUGGGAUAUCCCAGCUUUCAAUCAGGAAUCUUCUGGACAAGUUUCCUUGACGACUGGAUUCAGUGGCACGAACGACAACAAGCGUCUUCUUCCUCUAACCAUACGGCAAGACGACCUCCCUGCGCUAUCCCAUACAAAUGCCGAGGUUCUCGCGUACUUGCUUGAGCGGAGAAAUCGGAAAUAUACCGUCACGGCAGGACCGAAUGGGAAACGGCUGUCCGAGACCCAAUUUCUUCAAAAGCUUAAGGCGGCCGGCAUUCGAAUCCUUAUCGAUGCAGGAGCUCAUAUCCUGGAGUCUGACAACGAAGGUCUUGUCCGCCAGUGGCUUGCCAUAGAUCCCGAUGCCCCUGCAGCGGUUUACUUCAACACCGAUGAUAGGGCAUCGCUAAUAUACCGAAAUGGCAAAGAAGUCCCUCUUCUGGCGUCUCCUUUUGCCGAGGAUUUGUCCAAGUGCCUUGUGUACUUCGAUGAGGCACACACGAGAGGAACGGAUUUGAAAUUCCCACCGUCAGCGAGGGGUGCACUGACAUUAAGCCUGGGCCAAACUAAGGACCACACAGUUCAAGCUGCCAUGAGACUUCGCCAGCUGGGCAAGUCGCAAUCCGUUAUGUUCGUCGCUUCUCCGGAGGCCCAUCAAAGCAUCAUCGAUCACCGUGACAAGUCAUCCGAGCAUGGACUAGACUCCAGUGAUGUGGUGCGGUGGCUGCUGGAGCAGACUUGCCGAGGGAACGAGCAACUGCGGCCUUUGUAUAUAGCUCAAGGCUUCGACUUUUGCAAGCGACAAAGUGCGAAGUCAUCGCACCCACUAUUUCUCUCCAACGACAAAGCUCGAUCCUGCUACGUUAAUUCAUUGCUUCACGGUGAACAGCAGACGCUAGAACAGCUCUACCAUCCGAGGACGUCUCCUCCUAUCAGCUGUACCCCGCCCAGUGGCAGUGGCAACCAGAUCAAGGACUUUUGGCGUGAGCUUAAAAUGCAGCAGGCAGACCAGACAAGCACGGCCCUUACCUCGAAUUCAGCGUUCGAAGAGGUCGAACAGGAAAGAGAGGUGGCGUUCCAAGUUGAGGAGAUGAGGCAAGCCCAAGAGCCUCGACACUUUCCCGUAUACAGCUUCCCCGGCCUCGGCCAAGGCUUACUUGACUUUGCAAGGACAGGGUGGGUCGGGGCCGACGGGUGGUAUGAACGACUGUUCAGUGCUCUACAGCGGAUAAAGAUCUGUCGGCGGAACAAAGUCCCAGUGCGAGAAUCGGACGUGCUGUUAUCAACUGAAUUUAUGAAGACGAUUCGAGAGGAGGAGAAUACUUGGCGCGAGGACUUUUUGCGUCCUGUCCACUGGAUUCUAUGGAGUCCCAGGGCUGGCAAGGCCAUUGUGAUCAUCCCGGAAGAAGCGGAAGCCCUGAUUCCUGUUCUCCGAACCAUCGACUCGCCGCAAACCUAUCUGAUUUUGUAUGCACCCCCCAUCUCAAAGCAGAUGCUACACUUCAACACCUUCCGCUACCACACUAUCCCAAGGCUCGACAGUGAAAUCCCUUCUGGGGUGAAACUGGACCUGAGUAUCCUGGCCGGCAGACUAUACUUUGAGUUCGGCGAGUACAAGGCUAUUCUGCGGUAUCUGGAUCCACCGACUACCAGUUUCUCUGCUAAAUCUACGUCUUCCGGUCGAUCUCGGCGCCACAAGAUAAAAAUAUCGACACGACUCCCCAGACGCUUCCUAGAGGAGUGGUUCGCGGUCGCGAGGAAGGGCCAGGACUUCACGUACACGCCCAUGGGUUAUGUCUGUCAGAAUCGAGGACUUCGCGCGGACCAUCCGUUUUUUGCUCGUGAGGGUGUUGAAGAUGCUGAGGCUGACGAGCUCGGCUUGGAUGACCAGAACGGGAAGGAAUUGGUGUUGAAGUCAGAGUGAUAUGGAUCUUGCCUUCUCCAGGACCUUGGCCGAAGGCGUGCGCAGUGUGCUCAAAUUCGGGGCAAAAAAUAGUCAUCAUCUUUGGUCAUAUUUAGGUCGACAUGGGUACCUUUGUCUCGGGUUCGUGAGGUUUGGGGUUUACAUGAAGUUGUUGUAUCUAGAAAACAAUUCCAUAAUCA